AUCAAAACAAACAAUGUCUCAAUCAUUAACACCACCGAGAUUCAUCAUCUUCAACUCGGUCUCCUUCUUCUUCUCCUUUGUCUCAAGAUUCCAAAAAAAUCUCAUUUUUGAAAGGAAAGUUUACGACUUUGAUUUGGCUUCGGUGAAGGGUUUUGUCGGAAUCAUUGUUGUCUGUUUCCGAGAGAGACUUUUGUUACUUGAGCGACAGAAAGAAGCAAGAACAUACAAAUGGGUUGUGCUGGAUCCACGCAGUCACAAGCAGAAGUGGCAGUGAAGAGAAUUAGGAAGCCGGAACCGUGGAAGCAUACUCAACCGAUCAGUAAAGCUGAGCUUGUGAAAAUGAGAGAAGAGUUUUGGGACACUGCUCCUCACUAUGGCGGUACCAAAGAUUUAUGGGAUGCACUUCGUGCUGCAGCUGAAGCUGACAUAUCUCUUGCGCAAGCAAUCGUGGACAGUGCAGGAGUCAUUGUUCAGAACAAUGAUCUCACUACCUGCUAUGAUGAGAGAGGUGCUAAGUAUGAGCUGCCUAAGUAUGUUCUAAGCGAGCCUACCAACUUGGUGGAAGAAAGUUGAUUAUGGAUCAAUACCAUUUCGAAAAGACCAAAACAGUUUCAAAUUCUAUCCUACGUGAGGAGACUCCAGAGUCAAUGUUGGCAGAUUAACUCACAAAUAUCUCAAUAGCUUGCUACAUUUCUCUAUAAAGAACCGUCUCCAAGAAGCAAGCAUUUUCAUGGAUUCCUUAGCUCUCAUUUCAUGAAACUUCAUUGCCUUAUUAAGUUAUUGAUUCUCAAGAUGAGUGUAAACCGGCGAAACUGGCUCAAACACGGAUAUAAUCUCAGAUUGGUGGUGUUAGUUCUUUGGUUGGUUUGUUAUGUUGGUUAUGGUCAGUUUGAGGACACAAAUGACUUCAACAAUCCAGCUUUUACACAGAUGGUUUACCAUAGUCUCUACAAUAUCACUGCUGCUCUAAAUCAAGAGCUCGCUA